AUGGUUGGCGCAUGGGAAACCGAAGAUGAGUCGACCGUACCGGUUGCGUCCUUGCCGACACCUGCAGACACACCUUACCGAGUCCCUUCGCGAAACGUAUCACGAGGCUCACGCAAGUCAAAACGCUCGGCGACCCCCCCCGGGAAGAAUGGAAAGAGUCGAUCACCAGCACCGCUCAAUGGUGAGAGGAUGGAUAGGGCGUCGAUGAUGUCUAUGAGAGAGUUUUGCUCUGAUGAGCCGGUCAGCAUUGACAGCAAACGUUUUACGCCAACGUUGCAUGCCAAUCUGGUAUCGGAGAUUCUGUCCCUAAGAAGAGAUCAGGAGGACAAGUUGAAGCUCAUUGAAAGCCUGGAAUCUUCAUUGGAUGCUGUUCGAGGGGAAUCCGAGUCUCUUCAGGCCAGGGUGGUAUCUACAGACAAGGAGAGCCGGUCAUUAAAACGUCAGUUAGCCUUGCUGGAAGGUGGAACGUCCUCGGCACUUGGUGAGUUGGCUCGAGAACGUGACGAGGCUGUCGACUCAGCUGCCGAGACCAAAAAACGACUCGACAUUACCCAGAAGAAGCUGAGGAACCAGGAGGAGGAUUCGGAACGGGUACAUCGACAAUGGGAAAAGGAAAAGGACGAAUGGGAAGAGGAGAAAAGAAAGCUGGAGCGGAAGAUUCACGUUGCGGAAAGUCGACUGAAGGCGGUGAUUGAUGAAGUCACAGCAUUCCAAGCCGUCCAAGUCGCUGGAGAGAAUGGGAUACUCAAUCAUCACGAGAGCGAAGGCGAGGAGAGCGGCAGGGAGAAUGAUGCCGCCAGUGUCCGAACCAUGAGUUUGACCAGCAACACCAGGUUUUCGCUCUUAGCUUCCCCCAAGACGAACGGGAUGAACUCUCUGGCCGACGAGCUGGACGGAUUUGACGAGGAGAGCGAUUAUGGUGGUCGGGAGAGUGUGCUGUCUAAUGGGCAUCAUCGCACACAUUUACGCAACAUGAGCCGGGACAGCAUCAUGUCCAAGACGCACAGGAGAGGACAGAGCAAUGAUAGCUUGAUGAGAUCCGGAAGCGUGCAUCGAUCAAGGCUUGCUUUUAGCGCUACGGCUCUAGAGAGGCUGGAGGGCGGCACCAUUCAAGAGGAUGACGAGACUGAGUCAGUAGCCCCAAAGGCUGUGUACGUCGACACUGGUGUUCAGCCAUCGCCUCCGCCGUCACCAACAAUCACUGCAGUGAAACCAACAACACCCGAGCCCUCACCCUUCAUGCAGAGAUAUGAAAGAUUGUACAACAUGAACAGUCCGCCCCGUGCUGAUCUCGAAAUUGAAGCAAACCAGAGGAAGAAGCGGGUGCAAAUUGGCCAGCCACUUGCCAUCAAGACAUCGACCAGCAAUUUGAUGGUCAAUGGAUCCUCUCAAACACUGGAACAGCCCCUGAGUCCACCAAAGACGCCCAGGACGCCUUUCCAAGAUUUGGCCCCAACGCCAAAGCCUCAAAUCCCUGCCAUGGUCUCUUCAUCUACCCAGACAGAGGACAUUGCCCCACCGCUCCAGCUUCCAGUUCUGUCGAUUCCCAGCAUUAGCAUCAUUCCUCCUUCAAGCCGUCCCAGCACACCUAGACAGCCUCUCUUGCCGCAGUUGACCAAAGACUUUGGCUGCCAAGUGUCCUUGAUCUCUAGCCCACCUACAGCAUCAUCUUCUAUGCAGACAGAGGAAAUCCGUGUGGACAAGCGUUUGGCCAAGUUGCCUCCACACCUGCACCCUUCAGCGAUCACGUCAAGGCCAGUCUCGCCAGCUUUACCCACCCCAGAUUUACCCACCGAUGACUUCCGGAAAUUCACUCCAGUUCCUGGAGAUGUGCCACCACCUCGCAACCCCCGCCGGUUGACCAGCAAGCGAAGCAUCGUUGAUAUUCCAUCGUCGCCGCCUGUUGUUUCUUCCCCUGUGUCAGAAGAAGCUAGAGAUGUUUAUCCUGGCAACAAUGACAAUGGACCAGUAUCAAGCCGAUCUGCCGCAAUCAGGAGGCCGCAUAGAAUCAGCAGCCUGUUUGCCGGCUUUGAUGGCAACAGCACGGAUGAGGGUGACGAGUUUAUGGAUCUCGACGUCAGUGACUCGGAGUACAGGACAGCAUUAUCUGCGCCUUCGGCUCCUAGGACCAUAGACAGCUCGAGCAGGAUGGGCAAGCGAGGCUCUGAGACCUCCGAGUCUGCUUUCUCACCCAAGGCGAGCAGCGGAUACUCGCCGCGUCUGACUGAUGAGCCUGAUGGCUAUGGUGGCUACGGCUCGACCAACAUCAUCUCUCAGACUCGCGAGACCCGGGAUUCCGGGAUCAAUAGCUCGGGCUCUCGCCGUGGCGGACCCCGCCCAGCGUUUGGAACCAAGGCCAGUGUUAUGCGCAGAGCUGCCUUGAUCCAGAGCGGCAUCAACUCGCACUCGAGGGCUAGAAGCCCAAGUCUGACAGAUACCAAGGAGCCACCAUUCCCGAUCCCCACACGCGCCAGCUCGAGGAAACCGCCAUUGAGCGGUAGCGCUCCAAGUGAAGGACGAAGCCCGAGUAGAGGGUCGGAUACUUGGCACAGACGAGGCUCGAGCCGGAGUCAUUAUCGCGCUGGUAGCAUUCGCAAGGUGCGCUCAGCCACAGGUCUUCCGCGUGGGCAGAGGCGUCGGCCAUCUCGCUCACCGUCUCGUUUCAACGAGUCGGUCGAUAUCCCCGAGAGCCCGGAUCUUCCCCCAUUGCCAUCAAAUGACAUUACUACGCCGCGGCACAAGGAGUCCAAUACGUACGCCAAGUAUAGGUCCCACAGGUCCCAGCCCUCGUCCAACACGGCAACCACUGGGGAGACGGCCGCCGCUUCGCAGGCAGAACCGAAGGAGAAGGCAUUUACGGUUGUGGAAGCGAUUGCUCAGACGAUGGUGGGUGAGUGGAUGUACAAGUAUGUGCGGAGACGCAAAUCGUUUGGGAUGGCAGAUGUCAAGGGUGGCGAUGACACCAGCAAUGAUCGUCACAAGAGAUGGGUUUGGCUUCAGCCAUAUGAUCGUUGUAUCCUCUGGAGCAGCAAGCAACCGACCACGGGAGGUGCUCUUCUGGGCAAAUCUGGCCGCAAGCGUACGUUUUCACGAAUCAACACAAUGUUCCGGACCGAUACUAACCCCUCUUCAGUCACGAUUCAGUCCGUCAUUGAUGUCAAGGACGACAAUCCGCCUCCUAGGGGAGCUGGUCCGCUAUUCAACAGGUCUAUCUUGAUCCUGACGCCGCAACGCGCCCUUAAGUUUACGGCUUCCAGCGCCGAGCGUCAUUACAUCUGGUUGAACUCGCUUUCAUUCCUUGCCCACUCCAACCAGGCCAUCCCGGAGAGUUUGCCCGUGCCACAAGCGAAGCCAUCGCCGGAGCAGUAUGAGUUGCCCAAGCCCAAAGUACGGCGACCGAUUAGAGACUCGAUUCGCCUUACCAAGGCCAAGACCGGAGCGCCGGUGAUCAAGUCUGAUCCCAUCGAGCCCCCAUCAUUGGAGGUGGACAGCGCACCCCCCGCCAUCGGGGGCUACCGGCCACCGAUGCCUGAUCUCUAUUCCAUUCCAUCCCACACGCGCGAGGAAUCCACAGACACGGCUGCACCACCUCCCAUUACACGGUAUGGCGAGCGUGGAGUACACGGCCGCAAGCGUAGCAACACUGGCGGCCACGUGCCACCACCGCUCUCCUUCCGAGGCUUCUCGGGAGGCUUCUCGACACCGCUAGGAGGUGGAGGCCACCAUGCCUCAUCGAAUAGUACGGCAGGAAACAGCAUUGCGGGAUCAUCGGAUGUUUAUAGCAAUGCAGCGGCGAGCGCCAUCACAGGGGCAUCCAGCGCCAUUACCUGGGGAACAGGGUCGGUGCGGACCUCUGAAGCUUCGAACCGGCCAAACGGUCCCAAUUUCUUUGACGCCAUUGGCACUGUGCGCAUGGAGGCCUUUAUCAGCCCUCUAGCGUUCAGUCGAUUCAGCGAUACCCCGUAUGAGGAUGCCCAUGAGCGGGACGACGACUGUCGACAUGCUGCUCGUAGGAGGAGCAAGGAGUCGAGGCGUCAAGCCAGCCGGAGCCGACAACGGGACAGCUACCACAGCCGAGGUACCAGAGCAACCACUGAGAAUGAAGUGGAUGAAUGGUAUACGAGGGACGAUCCUUUCAAGGGCUUUUGA